AUGGCAACGGUCCUCCGUCCCCGCCCUGUUGCCGGCUACUUCCCCUGGUCUCCGGUGCCCGCUCCCCUCGCCCCGUCCCGUCCCGCUUUUUCCUGCAAGGUAAACAAAUCGAAAACAAUUGGAAACGACGUAGUUCCCUAUCCAAAGCCAGCUCCCAUAUCUGUUGUCGUCGUCGAUACGUGGAUCGCUUGCGGUGCUCUGCAAAGGCUUUUUCCUGCUUUGCUUUUGAGUUUUCCAUUUCCAGCCAAUAUUGGGAAGAGAGAGCUGCUGAAGUCUGCGCCAUGGAGGGUGGAGGAAGAAGAAGACGAUAAAUUCGAAGACGCCAAGCUAAAAGUCACCAAUCAGCCCGGUUCAACUCCUGUUAUGCACGUCCCCGGCAAGAAGCUUUCCAAGUCCAAAAACGGCGUUGCUGAUGACGGUGAUGAUUCGCUCACUGAAAUGGACCCUGAACUUCGUUACAGCUUCCAGCGUAAUUUCCAGUUUCUUCAGCGUGUAUUCAGCAUGGAUACUCUUGUGAAACCUUUUCCUCCUGCAAUGGGGGACUAUGCCUCCCACAACUUGAAUUUCUUCACUCGCAUCUUUAGCCAAUUUUUCGAUAAUGAAGAUAUUGCAGCUGCUCAGAAGUCUCUUGGAAUAGGACAAGAAGAAAAAAUCCGUCUAGGCGAAACUUGAUGACUGCAUAGACUCUCGAGGGUUGUUACUGGAUGCCUAACCAUUACUGGAUCCCACUUGCUAAUGCCACAUUCUGAAAGGAAUUCCUCAUAAUCACGCUCAAGCUCACUGUAAUCCUGACUAAGAUCUUUGGUAUUGACGUGAUCUUCAUCCUCUGAUGCGUACUGCAAAACAGCUCAAGUUUUCUCAGUAGGUUGAAGAUCAAGGUACGUUCAAAGUGCAUGUUUCAAAGCCAGAGAACUUUCAAGAAAAGGAAUACUUUUGGUGCCUUAGAGCUCAGGUCUUGAACCCAAAAUAGUAUAAUAAAUUAACGGGUUAAACCAGAGUAUGCUGAAGAAUCAAUUGCAGGAACAGCAAAACCAGAGUAUGCUGAAGAAUCAAUUGGAGGAAAGUACAAGAUUCGACAUCAUAAGUUCAACUCAAUCAGGUACUUGCAUCAUAGUCGGGUCUUGUGCCAGUAUCCAGUGCAUCUGGAUCCUUCAAAUGCUGAAGAGCAAAUUUCCACCUGAUUCUUUUAGAUCCAUGGUGAUGCUCUUCUGAUUCAUUUACAUUAUGUUUCAUAUCUCCAGCAACUCUAUUGCAUAAGGCACCAAUUAUGCAUCUGAUGCAAAAGGCUAUCAGGGGAACCAGAACUAGAAAAUAACCAGUGCUUUUAGCCUGAUAAUAAAAUUGACAAGUCUGUUGAGCCUGUUACUAAAUUUUGGUACAAUGUGCACAUUGAUCAGCUGAAUAUGACCAAUCAACAAAGUAAUUGAAAAGGCAAUAUAGUUCCAAUAAGCAAUGCUCAGAUAAGAGAAAUGACAAACAGUUUGGCAAAGCAACAUGGCACGCUAGAAGAAGUGCUCACAUAGGAUAAAUUAUGAACGGACAAGAAACUGAACAUUUUCUGGUUCAAGCAGCUACUAAACAAUUCCAGUCUUGAAGUUCUUUCAUCAAGAGAAGGGUCAGAUGAUAGGGCUCGCUCACUCUUUUGCUGCCAACAAAAGAACAUACGUAUCGUGAAGGAAGUCAGCUUUAAAACUUCAGCAAACACCAGGAAUGCAAGUAUUCUAUGGCAGUUAAGACUGUAACAUCAGCAGAACUUUUUUUUUCUUUUUUGAUGUACUCGCUUCUGUUUUUUUCUUUUGUUGUUCCAAUUUGCUCAACAAUUAUAUGUAUGAGAAUAAGAUGUGAGCUAACAUUUGAAUUCUAGAAAUAACAUCAGACUUGCCUUCUGACCAA